GCCUAGUCUGUCCUCACAGACGAACAUGUACACACUAGAAACAUGCUUGCCUCCAGAUCUGUGUGGUCAAAAGCAGAUGCCUGCUGUACCGCUGACAUCAGAGGGAGAUGUGUGCUGUACCGCUGACAUCAGAGGAAGAUGUGUGCUGUACCGCUGACAUCAGAGGGAGAUGCCUGCUGUAGCGCUGACAUCAGAGGGAGAUGUGUGCUGUACCGCUGACAUCAGAGGAAGAUAUGUGCUGUACCGCUGACAUCAGAGGAAGAUGUGUGCUGUACCGCUGACAUCAGAGGAAGAUGUGUGCUGUACCGCUGACAUCAGAGGGAGAUUGCCGGGAAUCGAACUGGCAACCUUCUGAUUACUAGCCCGACUCCCUCACCGCUCAGCCAUCUGACUCCCUAGCCUCUAAUCCCCGUCUCUGGCCUCUAAUCCCCGUCUCAACCUCACCAGAUCAGAAUGUAUCAAUCAGGACCCAUUUACUUUCAUCUGUCUAUUCACACCAGCUGGGUGUCACUCUCCUGUCAGGCCUUAGUGUAGUUAGAGAAUGAUCAAUGAUGUGUCUGUCCAGCCUGUUGUCAAAGCAACUCUGUUUUGCCACCUCAUUCCCUAGCUUGUGCUAUGCGCCUCCCUGCCUGUCUCCUAUUGGUUAACGCCUCAGAGCCUGUGUCCCAUUGGCAAACACUUGCCCUGCAGUCAAUCAAAGGCUCAUAAAAGCCGUUGCUGAAGAGAAGGAUGAGUCCGGUCAGGGUGGCAGCGCCCUUGGUGUGUGUGUGUGAUGCUGCUGCUGCUGCUGCUACUGGUGCUGCUGGCGGUGGGAGGCUGCAGGGUGCAGGGGGAGGAGCCUGUGUGCAGGAUGCUGGGGAGCCCAGAGUUUCCACUGCUGACCAAGGAAGGAGACGUGACCAUCGGAGGAGCUUUCUCCAUCCACAGCAAGAUCACCGAGCCCCCCCUUUCCUUCACAGACACCCCACAGCCAAUCACCUGCUCCGUAGUCAACCUCCGAGAAUUCCGCUUCGCCCAAACUAUGAUCUUUGCCAUCGAGGAGAUCAACCAGAGCGACGCUCUGCUGCCAAACGUCUCCAUUGGAUACCGUAUCUAUGACAACUGUGGCUCGACGCUGUCCUCGAUGCGAGCGGCCAUGGCUCUGAUGAACGGAGCGGAGAGGACCUCUGGACGGAACUGCUCCGGCCAAUCAGCUGUCCACGCCAUCAUCGGGGAGUCAGAGUCCUCCUCCACUAUCGUCCUGACACGCACGACCGGACCAUUCAAAAUACCAGUAAUCAGCCACUCUGCUACCUGUGAGUGUCUGAGCAGCAGAAAGGAGUACCCCUCCUUCUUCAGGACCAUUGCCAGUGACCUCUACCAGAGCAGAGCCCUGGCCCAGCUGGUGAAGCACUUUGGCUGGACCUGGGUGGGGGCGGUCAACAGCGACAGCGACUACGGCAACAACGGCAUGGCCAUCUUCCUGGCGGCUGCCCGGGAGGAGGGGGUGUGUGUGGAGUACACAGAGAAGUUCGACCGCAACGAGCCAGCUCAGCUGCUGAAGGUGGUGGAGGUGAUGCGGAGGGGCUCGGCCAGGGUGGUGGUGGGGUUCCUGGCCCACGUGGAGAUGAACAACCUCCUGGAGCAGCUGAUCCUGCAGAACAUCUCUGGCCUGCAGUUUGUCGGCGUUGAGGCCUGGAUCACGGCCGACAGCCUAGUCACCCCCACCAGCUUCUCCGUGCUGGGCGGAUCCCUGGGGUUCGCCGUUCAGAAAGCCGACAUCAGCGGCUUUGCCGAGUUUGUCAUCAAGGACUUCUGGGAGAUGCUGUUCCCGUGCGCGGGGACGGACGGGGGCGACAUGGAGGCGACCUGCAGCGGGAACGAGGAUCUGAUGGAGCUGAAGGGCUAUAACGAUGACGUGGAGGAGCUGAGGUACUCCAGUAACAUCUACAAGGCCAUCUAUGCCGUGGCUCAUUCGCUCCACAGUCUGCUGGACUGCUCCUCCCGACAGGGCUGUGACAAGGACGUCGUGAUCCAGCCUUGGCAGGUGGUGGAGUCACUGAGGAGGGUGAACUUCACGGUGAGGAGCGGAGACCAGGUGUGGUUCGACCAGACGGGUGCUGCCACGGCCCGCUAUGAGGUGGUGAACUGGCAGCAAGCUCUGGACGGGGGAAUCAUCUUCAGACCCGUGGGUUACUACGACGCCUCGCUGCCUGCUGGACAGAACUUUGUCCUCAGGACCGAGGACAUCAUGUGGCCUGGAGGGGAGAAACAGCCUGUGUCUGUGUGCAGUGAGAGAUGUCCCCCAGGAACUCGUAAGGCCGUGCAGAAAGGAAAGCCUCUCUGCUGCUACGACUGUCUCCCAUGUGCAGAGGGAGAGAUCAGCAACCACACAGAUUCUAACAACUGCGAACGUUGUCCUGGGGAGUAUUGGUCCAAUCCGAGCAGAGACAAGUGUGUACUGAAAGCUGUUGAGUUUCUGUCGUUCACUGAAGUUAUGGGAAUAGUUCUCGUGUUUUUCGCUCUGUUUGGGGUUUUCCUUACUUCACUAGUGGCCGUUCUGUUUUUGAUUAAAAAAGAAACGCCGAUCGUCAGGGCCAACAACUCAGAGCUCAGCUUCCUGCUCCUCUUCUCUCUGACUCUGUGUUUCCUGUGUUCUCUCACCUUCAUCGGCCGGCCCUCUGAGUGGUCCUGUAUGCUGCGCCACACGGCGUUUGGGAUCACCUUUGUCCUCUGCAUCUCUUGUGUUCUGGGGAAGACUAUAGUGGUGCUGAUGGCCUUCAGGGCUACACUUCCAGGAAGUGAUGUCAUGAAAUGGUUUGGGCCUCCACAGCAGAGACUCAGUGUCCUGGCUUUCACUCUCAUCCAGGUCCUGAUCUGUGUGCUGUGGUUAACAAUCUCCCCUCCUUUCCCCUUUAAGAACAUGGAACACUAUAAUGACAGGAUCAUUCUAGAAUGUGCCUUAGGUUCUGCUGUGGGCUUCUGGGCUGUGCUGGGGUAUAUAGGACUCCUGGCUCUCUUGUGCUUUGUCCUGGCUUUCCUGGCCCGAAAGCUGCCUGAUAACUUCAAUGAAGCCAAGUUCAUCACCUUCAGCAUGUUGAUAUUCUGUGCUGUCUGGAUCACCUUUAUCCCAGCUUAUGUCAGCUCUCCUGGGAAGUUCACUGUAGCUGUGGAGAUCUUUGCCAUCCUGGCCUCCAGUUUUGCUUUGCUUCUUUGUAUAUUUUCCCCUAAAUGUUACAUCAUUAUACUGAAACCUGAACUAAACACAAAGAAACACAUGAUGGGAAAAGUGCAAUCCAAAUCUCUCUGAACAUCUAAAUA